AUGAAUCUCGACAACCCUGCAUAUCUGUACAGAAGCCUGAUCGAGCGCAAGGUCUUGCUUCGUCGAAUGGUGAACAACGUGAACAAUUGAAAGAACGUCGUGAAGAGAGGGACAAGGCCGUCAUGCAAGGACUGCCGCCCGUUGAGACUGGUCCAGGGUCCAACCUUCUGGACUUUUCGAUCGAGAACCGAACCCGGAAGCAAGGCAUCCUGGAGCGACUCAUCAAGACUUCUCAAGAGCGCUGUGACGAGUAUCGCAGCGUUCACAUCAACGAGAUAGUGAGUUUAAUAUCGUGCAAUCAUUCAAUAACUAAUCUUCUUGUAGGACCGUAGGUUCGUCACCGAAAUUCUUACCGGACUUGGGCUCACUCGUGGAGACGAGAUUUUCUCGGAGAUUCUCCAACAAUUUCCGGAGCCUCCGAAAAGAGGACAUUCUCUUACUUUGGAAGGAGUUGAGGUAAAUCAAAUAUAAAAAUUUUUGACAGUUUUGGAUUUGUAAAUUAUUGAUAUAUACAUAAAAAAAUAAUGUAUUUUGUUUCAGCCACCUACAAAGCGCGGGAAAACCGAAGAUUUUAACUCCAAUCUUCAUCAAAAUAGUCUUAAUUUUGCUAUGUCGGGUCAAGGAUCCAACAUGCAAUCGGAGGUAUAUUUCAGAAUCAGCUUUCAAAUUAUAAAAAAAAAAUGAAUUUUUCGAACACUUUGUUGAGAAUAAAACUGCGAGAAAAAAAGUUUGGGCUGAAAAAAAUUGAGAUUUGAUAAAUUUCUGAUUUCAGGCCGUUGGAAACAACGCAAUGCCUGUCGUCGCCAUUGGACAGGGAGUCCAGAAUCAUAACAUCGACGUCGAAAUGGAGGAGGUAUCACUUUAAAAAUAAACCUAAAAAAAUUUUAAAUUGAGAUUGAGAGUUUAUAAAGAAAACUUUCUAGAAUUCCUAAAGUUAAUAAAUUAAAUAUAAAGUUAUAAAAAGGCUACACUCCAGCAGAAGUCUUUCACGAAUUCCAAUAAAUUAUGUAAUUUCAGAUCGAAGCCAUUAAAAUGGACCUAAUGGAAAUCGACGACGCUUGA